AUGGGUUCCGCUGACAUCGCCAUGGACAGCGAUCUAGCUGGAGAUUCGCCCCACCUAAAGCUGGUCCCCGCGACCCCGGAGGAACACCUGCACACACUGAACCUCAACAGCAAGGCGUGGAAAGGACCGCUGGAGCUGGGUCAGUACAUCGAGCGUGAGCAUCAUCUGUCUCAGCAGAACCUCACAAGAGACGGCGCGCUCACUUGUUGGAUCCUGGUCGAUGGCAGAAAACCGCCCAACUCGCGAACCAUCCUGAGCUCCUGUGAAACGUACCGGAAGCCUGCCUACCUCGCGUACAAGGGGAGGGUCGAGGAUAUUGUCUGCCAUGGGGUCGGGAGCGUUUUUGCACGGCCGGAAUUUAGAGGCCGCGGCUAUGCGGGGCGAAUGAUGGCGGAGCUGAGCCAGAUACUCGACACCUGGCAGACCGAGAACCAGCCCCGGAAGCAGGGUAUCUUUUCCGUGCUCUUUUCUGACAUCGGCAAGAAGUUUUAUAGCAGGUAUGGCUGGAAACCGUUCAUGUCGACUCACAUUACCCUGCCAUCGAUCAAUGAGGAUCAUUUCAAGACAUCCGUGGCCAUGGCCAAGUUGCCUGUCGCAAGACCAAUGAGCGCCGACGAUGUCCGCCAGUCCAUGUGCGGCGAAAUUGUUGAACACAAGGAGCGCAACCUGCUGCUAGGUGCCUCGCAAAAGUCACCAACAGCCAAGGUGGCAAUUGCCCCUGACUAUGAUCAUAUGUCCUGGCACUGGGCCCGCGAGGACUUUUAUGUUGACAGAGGCAUAUUCGCGAACAAGAAACCGCAGGUCCGAGGCGCAGCUGUCGAUCACCAAAACGUGUACUGUGCCUGGGUCCGGACCCUCGGCGACUCGCCAGAAAGCCACACACUGCACAUCCUGCGCUUCAGCUAUGACGAACCGGUGACCGUGCCGGGAGAAAUGGGAACUAUUGAGGCACUCGCUGCCGUGAUCCGUCGUGCUCAAUACGAGGCACACGCACUGAACGUGAAAAAAGUGGAGUUCUGGAAUCCGACGUCGAUGGUUGAAAAGGCGGCGAAACUGCUAGAUCCAGAUGUGCAGGUCGAGCACCGCGAAGAGAGCAGCGUGUGCAGUUUGAAAUGGAACGGCGCCAAGCUAGGAUUGGGCGACGAGGUGGAGUGGUUCUGGAAUGAGAAAUACAGCUGGUGCUGA